GCCUUUUCCGGGUUUGUUGGUUUUUUUUGUUUUUUUUACUUUCUGGCUCGUCGCUGGGUUUCUGCUAAAUUAAAGUCUGCUCUUUGGAACAUGAACACGUCAGAUACUGAUGAGGACUCGUGUAACGAGAGGACGGCGCUGGUUUCCUCAGAGAGUCCUGUGGCGCCGUCGUACCUGCCCACCGCUCACCGUGACAGCGUGAAGGGGGCGGUGAGCUGCAGGACGGACCCGGCUGUGGUGGAUGGUGGCGGUGGUUCGGACCAGGAUGCGGAUGAUGAGGAGCUGACGCUGAAGUACGGAGCCAAACACGUCAUCAUGCUGUUUGUCCCUGUCACGCUCUGCAUGGUGGUGGUGGUCGCUACCAUCAAAUCUGUCAGCUUCUACAGCGAGAAGACCAACCAGCAGCUGAUCUACACGCCAUUCACGGAGAACACGCCGUCUGUGGGCCGCCGGCUCCUCAACUCCGUCCUCAACACCAUCAUCAUGAUCAGCGUCAUCGUGUUCAUGACCAUCAUCCUGGUGGUCCUCUACAAAUACCGCUGCUACAAGUUCAUCCACGGCUGGCUCAUCCUGUCCUCCCUCAUCCUGCUCUUCUGGUUCAGCUUCAUGUAUCUGGGGGAAGUCUUUAAGACCUACAACGUGGCGAUGGACUACCCGACUCUGGGGGUGAUCAUCUGGAACUUUGGGGUGGUGGGGAUGAUCUGCAUCCACUGGAAAGGCCCCCUGCAGCUCCAGCAGGCCUACCUGAUCCUCAUCAGCGCCCUCAUGGCCCUCAUCUUCAUCAAAUACCUGCCAGAGUGGUCAGCCUGGGUCAUCCUGGGCGCCAUCUCCAUUUACGACCUGGUGGCCGUCCUGAGUCCUAAAGGUCCUCUGAGGAUGCUGGUGGAGACGGCUCAGGAGCGGAACGAGCCCAUCUUCCCCGCCCUCAUCUACUCCUCUGCCAUGAUGUGGACAGUCGGGAUGGUGACCUCCCCGGAUGAGGAUGUCUCCGAGCGGGACACAGAUGAGGAGGUGGAGCAGAGCAGCCUGAGGGCGGAGCCUGAGACGCAACAGCCAGCAUUGGUUUCCAGAGAAGAGACUGAGGAGGACCGCGGAGUGAAGCUCGGCCUGGGCGACUUCAUUUUUUACAGCGUUCUGGUGGGAAAAGCUGCAGCGACGGGUGGAGACUGGAACACCACCAUCGCCUGCUUCGUGGCCAUCCUCAUCGGACUCUGUCUGACGCUGCUGCUGCUCGCCAUUUUUAAGAAAGCUCUGCCGGCGCUGCCCAUCUCCAUCACCUUCGGCCUCAUCUUCUACUUCUCCACCGACUUCCUGGUCCAGCCCUUCAUGGACAGUCUGGCCGACCACCAGUUCUACAUAUGAGCCUGGAGCCCGUCUGCUGCCGGAGCGCCAGCUGUUGGUGUCACGCACAAACGCCACUUUCCACUGCGUUUUUACCCACCACUGGAAUGUAAUGUUCAUGCCACACAGACAGGGGGCGCUCAUCCACUCAGGUUUUUUGUUUUCUUGUUGAAAGGAUCCUUUUCUCAUGUUGGCGGACAGGGCGGAGCCUCAGUGUAGUCAUUUGAGCAAACACAAUAGGAGACUGUGAUUGGCCGAGGGACUUUUAUACUUUUGGAGUCACUGGCGCCUCCUUGAGGUGGUUUUAUCCUCAGGAAGAGCAGGUGGGCGGAGCUUUGAGGCAGCCGCAGUGACAUGUCAAAUUCUGACUUUAUUCCAUUGCGCUGCUGUCGCGUUCAUUAAAACACUGGAUUUACUGGA